AUGGCAAAACACACGCCCCUCUCCGUCCUCCACAAAUUCUACGAUGCAGAACGAGUCUACACCUCCGCGCCCGCCGGGUCAAACCCCGAUUUCACCCCCGUAGGCAACAUGCUAUCCUCCGACUUCUACAUGGAGCAGUCCAGCGAACUCCCUUGGGCAGGCACCUACCACGGACCCGAGAGCUUCAAGUCAUUCUUCGAUCAGGCGUCCGAGUGGUGUACGAUCGAUGUGCGGGAUCCGGAGAUCUUGGAGAAGGAGGGGAGCGAUAAGAUUGUGGUGCUGUCGACGAUUUACUACUUUUGUAGGAAGACGGGCGAGACGCCGAGCUUUCCAUUGAGUCAGACGUUUGUGAUUGAUACGGAGAGGGGGUUGAUUCGGGAGAUUAGGAGUUUUUAUUGGGAUAUUAAGAAGUUGAAUGUGGCCAUGGGAUAUGCGAAGUGA